AUGCGAAGCAAUAAAAUUUCGAUCGUUGGUGCGCGCGGAGUGGGCAAAACGAGCUUUGUUCAUGCUUUGGGCGCCACAGAGAGUGUGAAAAAUGCACCUCAACCCCAGUAUUGUUGGCAGCGUCCUGGUCAAACUGGGAACGGCAAAACGAUCCUGCACAUACUGCGCACUCCUAAAGAAGUCCUAGACAGUGACGACGGCGUUGUUGUGCUGCUAUUUAACCUCAUGCGGCGUGACUCACUUACAGAAAUCAUUUCACAAUGGGCGCCUUUAGUGGAUGUAAUUGGACGAAGGCUGUUUCUCGUGGGGACACAUGCCGACUGUACGAGUCAGCGCGAGAUCUCAUGGUCGGCAGUGCGAGAAGUCUCGGGUGAGUUUGAUGGAUAUGAGGAGGUUUGCUGUUGUUCUGGCGAUGAUAGCAUGCUUCGAGUACAGCAUACGCUGGAUCAGUGGACUGAAAGUGGAUUGGCAACGGUGACAAACGACAUCCCCCUAUCGAGGGCUUCGAUAUGUGGCGGAUUUCCAAGGCCAGUUGUGACAAUGAUGGUGCCUAGUACAACGCGUUGUUUGCCUGCACCGCCUGCACGUCAACGACACUCAUGUACGCAAGCAGAGAUGUGGCUAUACGAUCCAAACGAAGAAGUGUCAACAACGCCAAAGGUAACGGGUGCAGGUGGCGACGUGAAGCUACGCACAAUUUCCAAAGCAAUCUAUGACAUUCGCGGCGCUGUCGCUGAAAAGAGCAAAGCACUGACAAAGUACCGGGACCGCCAAGUGAGUCACUGGUUAAAACGCAGUCGAUACUUCGGCCCAACUGAAAGCAGUCGUCAUAAGCGAUGGCAGGAGGAACAAAAGAAGCAUCAGCUGGCUCAAAGUCAACUGCGUUAUCAGCAUGGAGGCAGCAGCACUAUACGCCAGUCAGGCGCUCUUAAUUCCUUACAAGAACAACGCUUAAGAAGCGUGAGUCACCCAGAUAAAGCUGAAGUAUUUGGUGUUGGUCCAGCAGGUAGAGAUUGCUUGUCAAGCUCGCUGAACGUCAAACAAAAUGAUAGCCUUGUCACUCCGUUUGAGCAUAAGACCUCAAUGGAGCCUACAGAGAGCACCAAACAAUGGCAACGUCAGCUGCAGGCAAGUAGUGAACAGGAGCAAAUAAAGCGAUUUGUCUCAAAACGUAGUUUGCGCAAGCAAAAACGCGCAAUCUCCGGCGACUUUUUUGAGCGGAGCACAAUGUCAGCUACAGCGUAUCUGGACUGUUACGAUGAAAUGGAUAUGCCGCCCCAGCUGCAGCCAAUUUCACCUUUAUCGGGCCGACUCACCUCUCUUCCGAUACUGUCUCCAGCAUCCACAAUGGCUUCCUCACUGUCGUCUGAAGAUGCUUCAAUUCUAAGCUGUCAAGGUGUUGACAUUGCUGCGCUGAAAAGCUUGCACAACGCAUCCAAGUCUGACAUGGUACUAAAGCUCCAUGCGCCGGAUAAGCCGCAGACUGAGAGUAUUGCCCCGCGAUCACUCUCUUUGCGGAAUGAUCUGUUCAUCAGCCGAGCUAAUUUAGUGACGAGCAGUAGCUCUGAAACUUUUAAUUGCAAUGACAUCGACGACAUGCUCGAGUGCUUAGAUAGAGUGACGUUGUCCAUCUAA